AUGCAGAUUUGCAUUUACUCAGAAGAUUUGGCGUGGGUUGCAUUGAAUGCAAUUCAUUCUCCCAUUUUCCGCAACAUCCUCUGGUCCGCCUACCGCAGUUCCCCCUCCGACGCCAACAUCCGCUUCUCCCCCACCGGUAUUCACGUCCAAGACGGCGACGGGAAGUUCGUGUGGUCCACGCCGCCGUUGAGGUCUCCGGUUGACCUGUUUGAGCUACAGGACUCUGGUAAUCUAGUUUUGCGCGACCAGUUUGAUCGCUCGUUGUGGGAAAGUUUUGAUUACCCCACCGACACUAUUGUUUUUGGACAACGGUUACCAGUUGGACAAUCGCUGGUCAGUGCUAUAUCCGAGGUAAACUUGUCGAUGGGUGAUUACCAGUUCACCCUCACCGGCGAUGGUGGCAGCGACGUGGUGAUGACUUGGAAGGGGCUGACUUAUUGGAAGUUAUCAAUGGACACAAGGACUCAUAAGCUUUCGAACCUUCCAGCUUCGUACAUGGUAAUGAACGAAACUGGUCUGUUUCUAGUUGGGGGAAACAGCUCGGUAGUUGUGGUCCAAUUGGCUUUGGGUGUGUCCAAGUUUCGUAUUGCUAAGUUGGAAUACAAUGGCAGGUUUAGUAUUAAAAACUACGAUAGCUCAAAGUGGGUAGAGGAAUUCAGUGGUCCAGUUGAUGACUGUCGAAUUCCAUACAUUUGCGGCAAAAUUGGAGUCUGUUAUGCCAUGCCCGUGCCCGCACAAUGCUCAUGUCCUCCAGGGUUUCAUGUUAAUAACGACACAAAUGAUGGUUGUUCGACCGUCUAUGAUUCUUACUCUUUGCCAUCAGCUUGUAAUGCUAGUGGAAAUGAUGAUUUAAAAGUACCAACUUCUUAUAUGAAACUGGGAGAUGGUAUGGACUAUUCCUUAAAUGAUUUUAGUGAGCCUCGUGUGCGUGGUGUCAACUUAUCCGGUUGUGAGCAUCUUUGUUCAAUGAAUUGUUCCUGUUUGGGAUUGUUCCACGAUAAUUCUUCCGGUUCCUGUUAUUUGCUUGAAAACCUUUUGGGCUCAAUUAUUGCAAAUUCUACAACAGAUCGGAUGGGUUACAUAAAGGCUCUACACGUAUCCACUUUUGCAGGCCCAUAUGGUAAAAAUGAUAGUAGAAGAAACCAACUUUUCCCCAUUGCAGGUUUGGUACUGUUACCUUCAUUUGUGUUCUUGUUAAUCACAUUAGUAGUGGUUGGAAUUGUUUGUUCCAGAAAAUGGAAGUCUAGAAACUCAUCGAUAGAGCUUGAGAUAGACGGUAUCCCAGGCUUGCCGGUGAGGUUUGGUUACAAAGAGCUUGUGGUUGCAACAGAGAAUUUCAGGACAAAAAUUGGUUCCGGAGGAUUUGGGACUGUAUACAAAGGCAUGCUACCAGAUGAAUCUGUUGUUGCAGUGAAGAAGAUUACUAGUUUGGGCGUUGAGGGAAAGAGAGAAUUCUGCACUGAGAUUGCUAUAAUUGGGAACAUACGCCAUGUCAAUUUGGUUAGGCUAAAGGGCUUCUGUGCACGAGGGAGGCAACGGUUUCUGGUUUACGAAUACAUGAACCGGGGUUCGUUGGAUCGGGUGCUCUUUGGGAAUGGAUAUGUUCUGGAAUGGGAAGAGAGAUUUAAGAUUGCAAUCGGUACAGCACGGGGUCUUGCAUACUUGCAUAGUUCUUGCGAGCAGAAGAUCAUCCAUUGUGAUGUGAAGCCAGAAAACAUUCUGCUUGAUGAUAAUCUACAAGUGAAAAUAUCAGAUUUUGGGAUUUCAAAACUGCUAAGCCGUGAGCAAUCUGGUUUGUUUACAACCAUGAGAGGAACCCGAGGCUAUGUCGCACCAGACUGGUUGAGUAACUCUCCAAUAACUGAUAAGUCUGAUGUAUACAGUUAUGGAAUGGUGUUACUAGAAAUAGUGAGGGGAAGAAAGAACUGGUCACUCCAAAUACAUAACGGGGAUACAGAAAAUGACCAAUCAUCAUCUCCGUCAGGGUUGGAGCAUUCAAUUUUCUUCCCACUAUUUGCUUUGGAAAUGCACAAGCAAAGGCGGUACUUGGAGCUUGUGGAUCCGAGACUUGAGGGACGGGUCACAAGCGAGGCGGAGGUUGAAAAACUCAUUCGUGUGGCUUUAUGUUGUGUGCACCAAGACCCAGCGUUGAGGCCGAGCAUGGCUAAUGUGGUUGGCAUGUUGGAAGGCGGAUAUCCAGUGGGUGUGCCGCGGGUUGAGUCCCUCAGCUUUCUGCCAUUUUUUGACCAGAGAAGGACGGAGGUUCCAAGAAUCGAAGCGCACAAUGAGCAGAAUGGGUUGGUGCUGGUUCCACAAGCAAAUGCUAAUUCUAAUAGCAGGUCCAGGGGCUCACACAACACGUUUUCCUACAUGUCGUCACAACAAGUCUCAGGUCCUAGGUAGUCCUUAAUUGAUGCAUGCUGGUGUAAAACGAUAGCUAAUUGGAGCCCUUCUAUUUCUUUAAAUCUGAUGCAGAUCGAUGCCAUAGAAGAAGAGUACUUUAGGCAUUUCAAGCCUAGAGUGGCAAAGCUGUAAUUAUGAAAUUGUGGAGUUAGGCAUUGGGCCCAUCCAUGUUCGAUCCAAAACAACCGAACGGUCAAGACCCAUGGCUUCGCCGUGGCCUUUGGUUUUUGCCGUUUAAUGAAAGAUUUGACUUGCCAAUUACUCGGGGAAGGAAAAUCUGAAUUAAGCUGUUCUUUUUGGAAAUUAAAAGUCUUAAGAUUUUUCCCAUUUUCUGAUUUUGCUAUAAUUCCAAUUUUUUCGUUUUUGGUAAUUUUCGUUAAUUAAUUGAUUUGGCUUCCUUUUUGUACAAAUCAAUUACGUUAGGGUUUUCUGCCUAUAUAAUAAGUUGUAAGCCUUUGGGCUAAAGGAGUUAUUGCUUAUUAUUAAAUGAAAAAGAGUCUUGAGAGCGUUUUUCAAAA